UACCCGAACAGAAUCUCUGAUCUGGCUACUGAAACUGAUUUGUUUUCUGCAGUCUGCAUCUUGAUAUAGUCUAAUAAUGUCCUGUAGCAUUCUGUAUCUGCUGCUGUUUUUGCUGUUCAGCUGUAACUGCAGCAAGACUGAUGCACAGAAAGAGGAGAACACAGCACUGACAGACAGGAGCGAGUCUUCACCUGUGCAGUGUAGUGUUGAUGGGAAUCAGCAGUUCUGCCUCAUCACAGGCCUUUACCCACUGUUGGCAAAUCUGAGCUCUACUCUUCAGUCUCUGAAGGCCAGCAUGGACCAGGAACAGCUGAGGAAAAAAGAAGAACAUAAGAUAGCAUUUGCUGUGGGACUUGGAAACAGAGGAGAUUUCGGGCCCUUCAACACAGAUGUCGCACUGGUCUAUGAAAAAGUCUUUGUGAAUGCUGGGUCAUGUUACAACACCGGCACCGGCAUUUUCACAGCACCUGUUAAAGGAGUCUAUUUCUUCAGUAUUUCUGGACAUAACCAGACAACCAGACCCAUGGGUCUAAGACUUUUUAAAAAUGGAGAGCAGAUGACAAUUCUAUACAACUAUGCUCUAACUGAUGCAGGUGUCCGAUAUGAAACAUUAUCUAAUUCAGCCACUUUGAAGCUGGAGAUAGGAGAUCAGGUCUUUGUGCGUCUCUUGGCAAAUACAUGGGUAUUUGAUAAUUCUGAUAAUUUAACUCUUUUUACUGGCCAUUUGAUCUUUGCUAUUUGACUAUCUUACAGUUUAUUUUCCCCAUGCUGGGCUCUGCACUUGGGAAAAAAAACAGUAUCCAUUACAAGCCAUAGUUUCUGCAAUACUGCAAUAAAAAAAAAGAAAUAAAAAUUCUGGGUGGAGAAAAUAAUGCUUGUAGUAUGAAUUUGUUGUUUUAUGAAUAUACUGCACAAGAGUUACAACAGUCACCACCAGAGAUGUGUGAUAAAUAAUAAGAAAACGCAUAUAUCAUUUGGUGACUGCGAAAACAAAAAAAGAUCAGAUACACAGAAUAUAAAGUGGCACUUUGUUUAACAGAAGAUUUUGGACCCUUCAACACUCCUGAAGGGCCCACCCCUACUAGUCUCGUGAAGAAAAACUCCAGACCGACGGCCGGCCGACAUGACAUGACAAACAACCAAUCACAAUUAGUUUUGAUUCAGCAUCACAUUUCUUGGAAAUGUCGCCACAAUAAUAGACCAGUGUGUAAAGCUCUCUGAUAUGUUUUAAAUAUUUCAACUAUUUCACAUACGUUUGAAAAUCCAGCGUUUAGUUUAUCCUGAUAAGUGGCAUUUCUGACAACGUAUUUUAUUCACAUAGACGUUGUGUAACUAAAAAAGUUCACUCUGUUCACUUCUCCUAGUUCAAAGGUGACUUAUUUUUAUAUAUUUUAAGGAAAAAUGGGUGAAUUUUCGUGAUGAAAAUGUUCCUUGAUCCACAUUCUUGUAGAUCCUGGAACGACAUUCCAAGCCAUCAAUCAUGCUCUAAUGUCGGCCUAAACCUUACAGCAUGUUUUUCAGCUACUAUUUCUUUCUGAUUUCAGGAAUAAAUUAUGGGUAGGUUUAUAUAUGCAAAUCUCAGUCUUUUACAACAUGUGCAGGUAGUCCUUGUCUAAACAUUUCUUACUUUAACAUUAUAAUAAAGACUUUUCAAACUUC